AUGGAUGCUGCGGGAAGGGGCUGCCAUUUGCCGCCCCUGCCAGCGGCGCGCGGACCUGCUCGCUCUCCCGCCGCGGCGGCCGCCAGCGCCGUCCCCCGGCCCGGCCUCUGCAGCAGCGCCGCCUCGCCUCCCUCCGCGGCCGCCGGAGCGGUCGCCAUGAACCCCAGCUCCUCGGCGGGAGAGGAGAAGGGGGCGACGGGCGGCAGCAGCAGCAGCGGCAGCGCCGGGAGCUGCUGCCUGGGCGCCGAGGGCGGCGCGGACCCGCGGGGCGCGGGCGCAGCGGCGGUGGCGGGGGCCGCUGCCCUGGAGGAGCCCGCGGCCGCCGGCCCGAAGGAGAAGGACGAGGCGCUGGAGGAGAAGCUGAGGAACUUAACUUUCCGGAAGCAGGUCUCUUACAGGAAAGCCAUCUCCCGGGCAGGCCUGCAGCAUCUGGCUCCCGCGCACCCCCUCGGCCUUCCUGUGGCAAACGGGCCGGCGAAGGAGCCCAGGGCGACUCUGGACUGGAGUGAGAACGCGGUGAACGGGGAGCACCUGUGGCUGGAGACCAGCGUCUCGGGAGACCUGUGCUACCUGGGCGAGGAGAGCUGCCAAGUGCGCUUCGCAAAAUCGGCCCUCAGGAGGAAGUGUGCGGUCUGUAAAAUUGUGGUCCACGCCGCCUGCAUCGAACAGCUGGAAAAGAUCAAUUUCAGAUGUAAACCAACGUUUCGAGAAGGGGGCUCGCGAUCACCGAGAGAAAAUUUUGUGCGUCACCACUGGGUGCACAGGCGUCGGCAGGAGGGGAAGUGUAAGCAGUGUGGUAAGGGCUUUCAGCAGAAAUUCUCCUUCCACAGUAAAGAGAUCGUGGCGAUCAGCUGCUCCUGGUGCAAGCAGGCGUUUCACAAUAAGGUGACCUGCUUCAUGCUGCAUCACAUUGAGGAACCCUGCUCCCUGGGGGCUCAUGCUGCCGUCAUUGUCCCACCCACCUGGAUCAUUAAGGUGAAGAAACCUCAGAACUCCCUGAAGGCUUCCAAUCGUAAGAAGAAGAGAACAAGCUUUAAAAGGAAAGCCAGUAAAAGAGGAACCGAAGUAAGUGAAAGCAGAGGUCGUCCUUUUGUGAUCAAACCCAUCUCCUCUCCUCUCAUGAAGCCCUUGCUUGUGUUUGUGAACCCCAAGAGUGGAGGCAACCAGGGAACCAAAGUCCUACAGAUGUUCAUGUGGUACCUAAAUCCACGGCAAGUCUUCGAUCUUUCUCAGGAGGGGCCAAAGGAUGCGCUCGAGUUAUAUAGGAAGGUACCAAACCUGCGAAUUCUGGCUUGUGGUGGGGAUGGAACGGUGGGCUGGAUCCUUUCCAUUCUGGACGAACUGCAGCUGAGCCCUCAGCCUCCUGUCGGGGUCCUUCCUCUGGGAACUGGGAACGACCUGGCUCGGACUCUCAACUGGGGAGGGGGCUACACUGAUGAACCUGUAUCCAAGAUCCUUUGCCAAGUAGAAGAUGGGACCAUUGUACAGCUAGAUCGCUGGAACCUUCAUGUGGAAAGAAACCCAGACUUGCCUCCAGAAGAGCUUGAAGACGGCGUAUGUAAGCUCCCUCUGAACGUGUUCAAUAAUUACUUCAGCCUCGGAUUCGAUGCCCACGUCACACUGGAGUUCCACGAAUCCCGAGAAGCAAAUCCAGAGAAAUUCAACAGCCGUUUUCGAAAUAAAAUGUUCUAUGCAGGGGCAGCCUUUUCUGAUUUCCUACAGAGAAGCUCUAGAGAUCUAUCCAAACACGUUAAAGUUGUUUGUGAUGGCACAGAUCUCACCCCAAAGAUUCAGGAACUGAAGUUCCAGUGUAUAGUAUUUUUAAAUAUACCCAGAUAUUGUGCUGGUACAAUGCCCUGGGGGAACCCAGGGGACCACCAUGAUUUUGAACCUCAGCGUCAUGAUGAUGGUUAUAUUGAAGUCAUUGGAUUCACCAUGGCCUCUUUGGCCGCCCUGCAAGUGGGGGGCCACGGGGAAAGGCUGCACCAGUGUCGGGAGGUCAUGCUGCUGACCUACAAAUCCAUCCCCAUGCAAGUGGAUGGGGAGCCCUGUCGGCUGGCCCCAGCUAUGAUUCGGAUCUCCUUGAGGAAUCAGGCCAACAUGGUGCAGAAGAGCAAGAGGAGGACGUCCAUGCCUUUGCUCAAUGAUCCCCAGUCUGUCCCAGAUCGCCUGAGGAUCCGCGUGAACAAAAUCAGUUUGCAAGACUAUGAAGGAUUUCACUAUGACAAAGAGAAGCUCCGGGAAGCUUCCAUCCCUCUGGGUAUUCUAGUUGUGCGUGGAGACUGUGACUUGGAGACUUGCCGUAUGUACAUAGAUCGCCUACAGGAGGACCUGCAGUCAGUUUCUUCUGGCUCCCACAGAGUUCACUACCAGGACCAAGAAACCUCCUUCCCCAGGGCUCUCUCAGCUCAGAGACUCUCCCCGCGAUGGUGCUUUCUAGAUGCAACUUCUGCUGAUCGCUUUUAUCGAAUAGACAGAUCUCAGGAACAUUUGCACUUUGUGAUGGAGAUUUCUCAAGAUGAGGUGUUUAUUCUAGACCCAGACAUGGCAUUGUCCCAGCAGGCAGGGACCCCGCCAGGAAUGCCUGACCUGGUGGUGGAACAAGCUUCGGGAAUGUCAGACUGGUGGAACCCUGCGCUCCGGAAACGCAUGCUGAGUGACAGCAGUCUGGGAACGGCGACCCCGCGUUACGAGGACUCGGAUAUGAACGAUCUCAGCCACUCCCGUGUGCUACAGUCACCAGUCUCUUCAGAAGAUCACGCAAUUUUGCAGGCAGUAAUAGCUGGUGACCUUAUGAAGCUGAUAGAAAGCUAUAAAAAUGGAGGCAGUCUGCUAAUUCAGGGACCUGACCACUGUUCGCUCCUUCAUCACGCAGCUACAACCGGCAACGGGGAGAUUGUGAAAUAUAUCCUUGACCACGGACCUUCCGAGUUACUGGAUAUGGCAGACAGCGAAACGGGUGAGACCGCGCUGCACAAGGCUGCCUGCCAGCGGAACCGGGCUGUGUGCCAGCUUCUGGUGGACGCGGGAGCAUCUCUGAGAAAGACCGACUCCAAGGGUAAGACACCUCAAGACAGAGCUCAGCAGGCUGGGGACCCUGAUUUGGCUGCUUACCUAGAAAGCCGUCAGAACUAUAAGAUCAUUGGCCAUGAAGACCUGGAAACAACUGUUUGA